CCGAAGUUGCUCUUGUUGAAUCAUAGCCAGUUAAAACAAGAAAAAGAAGCCGAACAGUCGACGUUGAUCUUAGCAAGUCAGCCUCCUCUCGAUUUGGGUCUAAAGGCAGGACAGACCAUUAAACUGAACCUUAAUAUGAAACGACUCGGUGAUGCCUCUAACAGUGGACCGAUUUCAUCUACCAUCGCACUAUCUCGGAGUGCCCCUGGAUCUAAGGCUCCGUCACUUCACCUUCCACCUCCGCCACCUCCAGCCAGCUCUCGUUCCUUAGGUGGACGUCCUACCGGCUCGAUUGGAACAACUUCUGGAUUAUUUGAUAGCGAUUUUGCAAGUGCUGCUGCUGCUGGUAGCCAAUUUGAUUUGAAGAAUGAACUAAAUUCUCCUGAUUCAAUCUGCUUUGGAGCUUCGAUUUCAAAAUCUCCGUCCAACACGCCCAGUCAAGUCAGCUGUCAAGAGCCUGUCCCGCAUGUAUCCGCUUCUGUUCCAUUUUCUAAUCAAGUAAGCCAUAUUCUACAGAAAGGAUACUGA